AUGCAGUUGGAUGCUCAAAUGGAUAAUAAACCUUCACCUUUCCAACUUCACAUGUUGCAGCAGCAAAUGCAAAGAAAAAAUAUGGCUGGCCAUGGAACUGUCGGUGUAGGCAAUAUUGGAAAUAACAUGGUCGAAUUUGGAGGUUUGAGCAAUGUCAUGGGCAUGGGGGGUGUCAUAAGAGUGAGAGGAACUGAAAUUUCCGCGCUAAUGGGGUCCAUCGUGAUCAUAGGAGACAUGUCCCAGAAUCCAAUGAAUCCAAGCCAGGCUUCAAAUAUUAGCAAUGCAAUUCGUUCUGGGCCUCUUUCACCAGCGCAGGCUGCUGCUUUCAUGGCAAACCUGAGGAGAAUGAAUAUGUUGGGAGGCAAACAGUGA